ACAUGAUCUCGCGGCGCGGGCAAAAUGGCGGCGCCCAGGCGGAUGCGUGUUUAGCGGGCUCGGCUUUCCCCUCAAGCGGCUGCCUCCGACGCCAGCAUGUCGCGGCUGAUUGUGAAGAAUCUGCCCAACGGGAUCAAGGAAGAACGCUUUCGCAACCUCUUUGCUGCCUUUGGGACGCUGACGGAUUGCUGCUUGAAAUUUACCAAGGAUGGCAAAUUCCGCAAAUUUGGGUUUAUUGGCUUUCAGUCAGAAGAAGACGCCAAAACCGCCCAGUCUCAUUUCAACAAAAGCUUCAUAGACACAUCCAGAGUCACAGUUGAAGUGUGUAAGUCUUUUGGGGAUCCAUCAAAGCCUAAAGCCUGGAGCAAACAUUCAAGUAAGCCCCAACUGGUAAAGGAAGCCUCUAAAAAACCCACAACGAAUUCAGACCAUGCAGAAAAGAAACAGGAUGGAACAAAGAAGAAAAAGAAAGCAGGACAGUUGAAAGAGCUGGAAGGAGAAGCAGCGUUUCAAGACUUCUUGGCCGCCCACCAGAAACGGUCCCAGGUUGCAACUUGGUCCAAUGACACGAAGGUUGAGGAACGUGCUGAGGUGGUUGAAGAUUAUCUGAACUUUGAUUCUGACGAGGAUUCAAGCGAGGAGACGGAUGCGGAGGUUGCUCGAAAGAAAGGAGAAAGCUCUCCAAGCAAGGCAGCAACCCAGCAACAGCUCUCCGACAUGGAUUAUUUGCGAUCCAAAGUGGUGAAGGGGGACGAAUCCUCACCUUCAUCGGCAGAGGAGAGCGAGGCCGAGGAGAUGGACAGUGAGGCGUCUGAUGGAGGAGAGGAAGAAGAGGUGGAAGAGAAGACCAGCCUCAAGCCAAGGGCUGUUUCUAACACCAAGACCAAGCUGACCGGAAAGAUCAGUGUCCAGAAUCUCACUGAGGAUACUAAGGGUACCAAAAUGACAUCACAGGAAAACAGAUCAGCCGCAGCCAGUGAACCCACCACGGCAUUCACUGUGAAAAUGCGGGGCGCCCCAUUCAAUGUCACGGAGCAAAACGUGAAAGAGUUUUUUGUGCCACUUCGGCCGCUGGCAAUCCGGAUUGCAAGGAACGCACAUGGGAACAAGACAGGUUACGUAUUUGUCGAUUUUAACACUGAGGAAGAACAACAGAAAGCCCUAAAGAGGGAUCGAGAAUACAUGGGCGGUCGGUACAUUGAGCUGUUUCCAGAAGAGAGGGGCACUAAGGGGAAGCCCUCCGAGAAGGGAUCUGGCCAGAUCUGGCAGAGGACCAAGAAAGACGACGAGGAAGAAGAAGAUCUGUCAGAAUCCGGAAGGCUUUUCGUGCGGAACCUUCCUUACACCUGCACGGAAGAAGAAAUGGAGGCCCUCUUCUCCAAAUACGGGCCUCUCUCCGAGAUCCACUUUCCUAUUGACAGUCUAACCAAGAGGCCCAAAGGCUUCGCGUUUGUCACCUACAUGUUUCCUGAGCAUGCCGUGAAGGCCUUCGCAGAAGUGGACGGACAGGUUUUCCAGGGCCGAAUGUUGCACGUGUUGCCUUCAACCAUCAAGAAGGAAGAAGCGGAGAGCUCAGCUUCUGCAGGGUCAUCUUCGUACAAGAAGCAAAAGGCCUCAAAAGACAAAGCAAACAGCCUGAGCUCUCACAACUGGAACACCCUCUUCAUGGGAACGAAUGCCGUGGCCGACGCUGUUGCGCACAAAUACAACGCUACCAAGAGUCAAGUGCUGGAUCACGAGGGCAAGGGCAGCGUGGCUGUGCGGGUGGCACUUGGCGAAACGGAGCUGGUUCAAAAUGUGCGCCGGUUCCUGCUUGAUCAUGGAGUCAGCCUGGAUUCCUUCAGCCAGGCGGCCGGAGAACGGAGCAAGGCGGUGAUUUUGGUGAAGAACCUGCCUGCUGGCACGAAGGCGAAGGAGCUGGAGGAGGUCUUUGGGCCUUUUGGUAGCCUCGGCCGGGUGCUGCUCCCCGAAGGAGGGGUGACAGCCAUCGUGGAGUUCCUGGAACCCACUGAAGCCAAAAAGGCAUUCACCAAAUUGGCCUACUCCAAGUUCCAGCAUAUCCCUCUCUACCUCGAAUGGGCACCCAUGGGGGUGUUUUCUGGUCCCGGGACAAAAAUGUCGGAGGUUGAAGAGCAAAAGGAAAGUGAGGAACAAACCCAGAAAGGGAUUUUUGGAAAAAGUGAUGCUCUGAAGGAAAUGAAGGAGGAGGAGGAAGAAGAAGAAGAAGAAGAAGAAAAAGAAGAAGAAAGUCUUCCAGGCUGUACCAUUUUCAUAAAAAACCUCAACUUCAGCACUACAGAAGAUACACUAAAAGAGGUUUUUUCCAAAGCUGGUGUUGUACGGAGUUGCACCGUCUCGAAGAAGAAAGAUAAAACUGGCAACCUUCUCUCCAUGGGGUUUGGAUUUGUGGAGUACAAGAAGCCGGAAUACGCUCAGAAAGCUGUCAAGCAACUACAGGGUUGCUCCGUGGACGGCCAUCAGCUGGAAGUGAAAAUCUCCGAAAGAGCCAUCAAGUCCACAGGGACGACCGCCCGUAAGAAGCAAGUCAGCAAGAAGCAAGUGAAUUCCAAGAUUUUGGUGCGGAAUAUCCCCUUCCAGGCCACGGUGAAAGAGAUCCGGGAACUUUUCAGCACCUUUGGAGAGCUGAAGACAGUCCGCCUGCCGAAGAAAAUGUUCGGAUCGGGAACGCAUCGCGGCUUCGGCUUUGUGGAUUUCCUGACCAAGCAGGAUGCCAAGAGAGCAUUCGGUGCCCUGUGCCAUAGUACCCAUCUGUACGGCAGGAGGCUGGUGCUGGAGUGGGCAGAUUCAGAGGAGACCGUGGAAGCCCUGAGAAGGAAAACGGCAGAGCACUUUCACGAUCCCCCUGUCAAGAAACAGAAGACAGCCAUGUUAGAAGAAAUCUUGGAGAAGCUAGAGGAUGAUGAAGGAGAAAAUGAGGAGAACACCUAGAAUCCUCACUUCGAAACAUAAAGAGCCAAACGAUAGUCAAGGAAACAACAGGAAGACGAAAAAUAUUUUAAAUUCCAAGCAGAUCACUGAAUUCAAAACCCACAAAGAAGACGCUUCGGGGCAAAUUCGUGCCUUAAAUUUCUCCUUGUCACCUGCCAAUCCGGGGAACCAGUUUUGGAUACCACCCCAUAAAGCAAAACUUAUGGGUACGGUAUGAGCAGGAAACAGUAUAAGUAUUCCUCCUACUCCUUUUUUUUUUUUUUAAUAAUGUGUGUGAUUUGGGUGUGUGUGUGUGUAAAUAAUUGCGCUUUAAAAAUGUUGUAUAUAGAUCCAUCCAAAUUAUAAUCUAAAAUAAUAAUUCCUUCCUUUUUGAUGUCUGGUUUCUCUCCGUUUUCCCCAUUCAACCUUAACAGCUGGUCAUAUAAACCUCCAAGUG